AUGGAGUUAACUGUUGGACAAGCCUCGGGUAUAAUUAACUUUGGCGUUGCGAUCGUGGGCAUUACCCUCCCGCUAGGUAUCGCCUACGUUUUGAGCUGGCAGCUUCCCGAGGAGAAUAAUGCCAUUACCUGGUCUGUGGGAACACGCGUCCUCCAAGCAACCAUCUGGCCCUCCAUCAUAGGAGCAGACACUUCAGCAUCGAAGCGAGUCAGCUGGCUGGUGUUCUGUCUUGGGUGGGGGAUCACUAUCGGCCAGGUCCUCGUCAGUAUUACGGGCAUCAUAACUCCUCUGGGACUACGCGAUCGAAUCAAGCCGGCUGCGGCUACCCCGGUGCCCUUUGUCUAUGUGCCAGAUAAGUCGCCGUAUGGCCUUGGAACUCCACCGCGCCCCGACGCACCGUUUUCACGAAGUUGUGGAGGGUCGGGCUGGGUUGUUUGUCCUGGAUCCAAUGGGACAGAUGCGUACUUCCUCGUCAACAAGACCAUUCACGACAUCAUCCCUAAUAAUGGCACAUAUUCCGCACGAAUGCCCUACAACCUGACCCAAAUCUUCUCGAGCGCUACCUCUGGGACGAAUAAUACCGUAUCGGGACCCUUCGACAUUCAAUACCGACAGGUAUUCCCAAGGUCUAUGGACCAAGUGGAUAAGGGCGAGCCAUAUAUAGUUGGGUCAUACCGGGUGAUGGAGAAUCUCAUCUUACACGAUAAGAUCGAAGCAAUUGAGGGUCUGAUCGUUGACAGUACAAGGGGCGGUUUGGGUUAUCGCAACCAUACAGUGCCGGCCAAUCUUCCAACGGGAGGACGCUGGGCAGAGGAUAUCACUUGGCUGGAGCCAUUGAUAGAAUGCGUGAACACCAAUCUCAGCAUCCGAUUCACCCUCAACUACACAGACUACAAUGGUAACAGAGUCGAAUCGCACAAUGUCCGCCUCAAAGACAGGGGCGGGUUUUCUAAUCUUCCACUUAAGGGUCCCCGGGUCAAUAUAGAGGAUAUGCAGGCGAACCCUGACCUACGUACUCGAGCAACGCAGCUCGCGUUUUUCCACAACGGCAUGUUAAUGUGGGCAUUGGGACUGGCUAGUCCCAAUAUUAGCGCCCCUCGCAAUGUUACGUCGGAUAAAGAAUACCCUCUGGUUCUAAAUGGGAGCCUCACUGGUGACCAACACAAUGCCUACCGGCCGGACUCGAUCCAGAUCCCUGGAAGCGACGGACUCUUCAUAAAUUCCGAUUUUAAUACCUCGAAUAGUUUGUGGAGCUUCCAAGAUACAGCCCUGGCGUGUCGUGGGUUGAUUUCCCAGUACACCAGCGAACCUCUUGAUAAUUCCACGGUGGGCAUUGAUUGUGGACUGAUCCAGACCGCGCCGCGGCGGUUGGACGGUGCCGAUCCGCGAAUCUAUGAGGCAGGCUCGGAGUGGGAGCAGGAUAUAUACAUGUGCACGAGUGCUGUCCAGGCAUCUAUCAGAACCGUCGAGUUUGCUCUUAAUGGAAGCUCGACACUGGACGAUCUUAUUGUGUCCAGCGUGAAAGACAAGGUGUACGACACUCAUGAUGCGCAGCCGCUAUGGGCGAUUGAGAUCACCGGACAGCCGGCCUCGGUAACUGCUCCUCUUUGGGGCCCUAUCAGCGAACAAUACACAGCUUCCAAGAACCUCAUUACCAUAAAAUCGGAGAGGCUCCUCCUUCCACCAGCGUACCCAGACAGCGCUAGCGUUGUCAACGCGAAGGACAGCAUGGCUGCCAGCUAUGCCCCCUUGGCGGCCCAGCAUGUAGCCCUCGGUGAGAGCUUUUUGGGCCAAAUUACCUCAAGGUGGACCACAGAUCUGCCCAUUGCAGACUACACAGGUAAGUCGAACUUUGCGCUGUCGCGACGCUGGCAGCAACUGUCCGCCGGUGGUGAGCAGGGCGCUGCUACGAUUUUGAAGUUGAUCUUUACCGACAUUCUGGCAACGGCGACCAUCGGCUCGCAGACCCCUAUCGGUCUGAGUGGUAGCGACACCGGUCGUCUGGGAGGAACAGUGCCUUCUGGUGACAAGAAGGUCCGCAUCGAGCCUUUCCAGCGGAAGAUCGAGUACAAUCUGCCAUAUGCCGUGCCGGCGUUCAUCACGUUAGCCUUGUGGGUCGUGGUGCUAGUUGCCUUCCUCGUUGCAUUGUUCGUUUCCCGCUUCUCCUUCUCGAAACUGCGACAGCAGCUGAACCUGAGCUCCGUCGGGCGACUUUACACAAAUUUGGUGCAUCCCGAUGAGUGCCAGGUUGAUGCGAAGACAGAGACAUGGAUCGAACAAGUCGGUGGGCUCAAGUUUCGACUGGAUCGUAAGGACGAAAGCAAUGCCGAGGACCCGUCAGCUGAAUCUCAUCUCAUGGAAGAGCAAAAUGAAUCAUCGAAUAUUGUCAGGGUAGAUUAA